UCUCUUUUAGUAGUUCCCAUCUAUGAACAGAAGAAGAAGCAACACUGAAGCCUGAUCAUCAUCAUCAGACAAAAAAAAAACAAUCAAAAUCCCAAAGGUCAACAGCAACAGCAUUGUUAAAAAAAUAUAUAUAUAUAUUCAUAUAGACCAAGUGGCGGUUAUUUGGAAUGAAGUCUCAAUCAACAGCUUGUUUCUGGAUUCCAGGGCCAUUGAUUGUUGGUGCAGGACCUUCAGGACUAGCUGUGGCUGCAUGCCUAAAACAAAAAGGAGUUCCAUUUCUAAUCCUCGAGAAAGAAACCUGUCUAGCAUCUCUAUGGAAACUAAGAACCUACGAUCGUCUUAAACUCCACCUCCCAAAGAAAUUCUGCCAACUACCCUUUUUUCCAUUCCCUCCAGAAUUCUCCGAAUACCCUUCUAAGCAACAAUUCAUAUGCUACCUCGACGCUUACGCAAAGCAUUUCUGCAUCAAUCCUUUGUAUGGGAAGUACGUUCACUGUGCAAAGUACGACACUUCUAUGGGUCUCUGGACGGUUCAAACUGACGACACUAAGUAUGUUUCUCGGUGGCUAAUUGUGGCUACAGGUGAGAAUGAAGAACCACUUCUACCCGAGAUUGCUGGAAGAGAAGAAUUUAAAGGGAAGAUGCAACACAGCAGUGAAUAUCAUAAUGGAGUUGAUUUAAAGGGAAAUAAGGUUUUGGUGGUUGGAUGUGGUAAUUCAGGUAUGGAGGUCAGUUUGGAUCUCUGUAAUUGUGGUGCUCAAGUUUCUUUGGUAGUCAGAAACAAGAUGCAUAUAUUGCCAAGACAAGUAUUGGGCAUAUCUACCUUUGGCAUGUCUAUUUUCUUGUUAAGAUGGUUUCCUGUCAAAUUAGUUGAUAAAAUACUUCUCCUAUGUUCAAGAAUGAUUCUUGGGGAAACCCACCGGUUUGGAAUCCAAAGACCCGAGAUUGGGCCGCUUGAACUCAAAAACACAACUGGAAAAACUCCUGCUCUAGAUGUAGGGGCUAUCUCUAAAAUAAGAUCUGGAGACAUUCAGGUAGUUGGAGGCAUAAGAAGAUUUACAGCAGCAGGUGUGGAGUUUACAGAUGGGACAGUAAGUGAAUAUGAUGUGGUAAUUCUAGCAACAGGUUAUAGGAGCAAUGUAUCCACAUGGUUAGAGGAAGACGGUAACUACUUUAAUAAGGAGAAUGGUUAUCCAAAUAACCCAUUUCCAAUUAACUGGAAAGGAAGCAAUGGAAUAUACAGUGUUGGAUUUACCAGACGAGGGUUGCUGGGAGUUUCACACGACGCAUUAGAGGUGGCAGAAGAUAUUGCUAAACAAUGGAACAUGAGGGCAACCACGCCUCCAGCUUAUUCACUUCUGUUUAAAGUAUAGGCUAUAAUUCUCAACAAGUUGGACUAAAUAUAUAUAUAGUAUAUGUUUUCACACUGGAAGAAGAGUAGGAUUUUGUAGCUCUUAACAUGACUUUCUUAAGCUAAAUAGCUAAUAUCCUGUAUUAUGGAAUUCCGGGCCAUAA